AUGUUUAUAAUUUGUGUGUGGCUAAUUUUGAUAGCAGUGGGCGGUGUAUGCUCAGUGGAAAAUGUUACCGUGAUUCGAGAAAGAUUAGAGUUCGAGGUGCAAUACACGUACAUCGUCCAAUACAACACUGAAUAUGUCUUUGAAUUUGUACCUAAUGCGGAAGACGGCAAAUGGCCGAGCCGUGUUUGGGUCAGUGCUGACAGCGGAGACACUUCGCGACCGUUGCUUGUCACAUACAGACAGAUAGCUGGUGCGGGCACAUGGCAGCUACCUUACCACACCGGUGACCAGCUCCAGUAUGAGUUCGAGCGUACAUUGUGUCCAGAUGACAGUGCACAAGGGAACACCACAUAUUGUGGUGGCGAGAGGGAAGCACGUGGUGAGUUCGCCCUGCACAUGGUGUCUGCGUGCGCGGCGCCUGUGACUGUGCGGUUGCGCGCGCGAAUCAUACGCGACUGGGUGCUACCGUUCGACACGCCCGUAGCGAUCACCGCUUCUUUGACAUCGCCAUGGGUGAACCACUUCCGUUUCCUGGAGGAUCAAAAGAGCGUACGGCUGCAUCUUGAAUCUGAAGACGACGUGUGCGCGUUCAUUGCGAUACAGAAUUAUUCGUGUCCGAUAUAUGAAAUGGUAACCGACUUAGUAGAUUCCACGCUGAGAAUGACCAUGCAACGUUCCGGCGCUGUGCAGAUUUCGCGCAGCAAAUACCCACUAGGUUUCUAUGCGAUAGUAAUAAUUCUAGACAACGACAAAGAAUGCACGGGAGACGAGCCAGCUUUAGACGAUUGGCUAUGGCAGGUGGCAAUUGGCGGUAGUGAAAACCAAGGCCGUAUUACGCCCUCGCGAGAGAAACAACUCACCAUUGCCCUCAGGCCGUCGUUGUCGCGAACGCAGUAUAUAAUCGCAUCUGUGGUCUCGUUUGUGGUAUUCUUCGGAUUCUACAUCGCGUUCGGGGUGUUUGUACUGCUGCAGCGCUGGCCUGCCUUCGCCAAGUACGUGCGCCCAAAAGCCGUGCUCGUCAAUAAGAGUACUGAGAACGGCGAAUCUCAAGGAGACGGGAUAUAUUCUGAUGCAGAAACGCCAGCACACCGACGUGCCCGACGCGGAUCUGAUGCAACAUUCGACAGUAGCGAUGACAGUCAUUCAGAUGAGGAACUGCCAACGGGGACUACCACCGUGUCUGCCACUCCUGCGCACCUCGCAAGUCCUGCUAGUCCAGCCUCACCUGCGGAGCCCAGGUCCCCCGUGUCCCCAGGAUACCCGGUGACGCCCGGAGCCGCAGUAACCUUCUCCGCGCCCCCAGAAACUGACAAUGGUGUGAGCCUAGAAAAUGAUCGACAACCGAACAAUGAACAGGGUGGGGCUGUCGAUGCUGGCGACGGCAGCACGCCGUUCGGGUUGCCGUCGCAGCUCCGGCUGGCGGCGCUGUCCCGUAGAAGGGCGCGCGUACUUGAGGCGCGCUCCGACCGCUACCUGCAGACGCUCAUCAUCGUCGCCAUCUUCUACGCGCUACCCGUCGUACAAUUCGUCUUCGCAUACCAGAUGUUCAUGAACCAGUCGGGCAUGUUGGACGUGUGCUACUAUAAUUUCCUGUGCGCGCACCCAGCCGGCGAUCUGAACGACUUCAACCACGUGUUCUCCAACAUCGGGUACUUGCUGCUCGGCGCUCUUUUCAUACUGCAACUGUACCGGCGUAAGCAGCGCAGGAAACAAUUGCCAAGAGACGAGGAGUACGGUAUCCCGGCGCACUAUGGCCUGCUGGCGUCGCUCGGUGUCUCCUUGAUGGUGGUGGCAUUGCUUUCCGCAACUUACCACGUCUGCCCCAACCGCCUCAACUUCCAGUUCGACACAGCGUUCAUGUACGUGAUGUCGGUUUUGGCUAUGGUGAAGAUCUACCAGGCGCGGCAUCCUGAUGUCAACGCGCGAGCUCACUCCACGUUUGGCGUUUUAGCUGUCUUCAUCGCCUUCGGUGUGGGUGGAGUGCUGGGCGGCGGACCGUUCUUCUGGGCUGUCUUCACGGUGGUGCAUGUAUUCACUUUCUUGUUGCUAUCUCUACGUAUUUACUACAUUGGACAAUUCAGAAUGGAGACAAAGACACUACAAAUAGCUGCGCGAGAAUUGCGUUCAGUACCAAAGUCGGGUAUUCGGCCGCUGUAUACAGCACGACUCGUGAUGCUGCUCAUUGCUAACGCCGUCAAUUGGGCUUUCGCGCUAUAUGGACUACUGAUACAAAGUACAAACUUCGCUUCCCACCUUUUGAACCUGCUGCUGUGCAACACCCUUAUGUACAUGUUAUUCUACCUGGUGAUGAAGAUAAUGCACGGCGAGCGCCCUCGGUGGUACGUGUGGUGCUUCCUCGUGAGUGCUUUAGCAGCUUGGGCACCAGCUCUCUACUUCUUCACGUCAGGCAGUUCCAGCUGGUCCAGCAUGCCGGCGCAGUCUCGCCAUCUCAACCACGAGUGCUUAGUGCUGCAGUUCUAUGAUUCUCACGAUCUGUGGCACAUGCUGUCCGCCGUCGCUCUAUACCUCAGUUUUAACACACUACUCACGUGGGACGACGGGCUCGCGGCCGUAAAACGAACAGAAAUAGCUGUAUUUUAAAUAUUUUGUUUAGUUAUAAAAUGAUAAUAAA